AUGACUUGAGAUUUUGCUUUGGACAUAGGUCAUGCAUGAGUAUUACUAGCUAAAGUGUGGAUUUCUGCUUUAUGCAGUCAUAGUUUUAUAUCCGUGUGACUCACUGUUCUAAGGUUUCUGGGAGCAGUGUUAUUUAGAAAUAGUGGAACCUCAAAGCAUUUUAUGUUCUUCAAAACUAUGACAUGUUGACAUUGUUUGAUGACUUCAGUUUAACAAAGUUCUACAAGUUCCCAAUUGGUUUUGGUAACCUGCCACCAACUAUUUUCUUAUUACUGUGAGAGUCCAACAUUUGGCAUUUGGUAUGUAUCUGAUGGGUUUGUAUUGAAAUAUUUGUGCAUUCUACGAUGAUGAUUGGCCACAAUGACUUUUAUCAUAAGAUACUGCAGGACAUCGUGUCCCCCAAGUCUUCAAUCAAGACGGGAAAAAACAAUGGUCAGCCAGGUGACAGUGCGAGUUCAAAAAGGAAGCAUGUACAAGAAGCUGAAGAGACUCCCCAGCCCAAGAAGAACACAAUUCUAGAUGGAAGUCUUAUUGGCUCAGAAUCAAAGUAUGGUGGCCUGAUGACAAAAAGUUCUAUAAAGGUGUUGUCAAAUCAUUUGAUGUUUCUUCAAAAAAGCACAAGUUGCGUAUUCGGAAUGAACUCUGACAUGUGCCUUUUUGCCGUUGUGUAUGAUGAUGGUGACAUUGAAUGA